CACAUUUCUCAGCUCUAGGCAUUCAUUAGAUCAAUCCCUUGAGUCAGACACUUUAACCAACACAGAAGAGUUUGAGUCAUUCAAUAACACAAUAAUCCUCCAAAGUGGAGAAGGUGAAGAGAAACUUGAACCUGUUGUAAAUGAGUCAGAAUUGCAAGAUGAUAUUAACUCUACUGGUSCAGGCAAUCRGGAAACAUUGCACCAAAGAGAUGAAGAUGAGAACUUUGUUGAUCUGAUAGUUGAGGAAAAUAWUGUACUGGCAAAUAUAACUCAUUUUAGACAACCAGACCAUGUAGAAAGCUAUGAACCUGAACAAAGUGAGGAUAUUACCUGCUUUUUACAAUCAACCCCCUCAGACAGCUCUUUGGGUCAUGACAAAAGUGCUCAAUCAGAAUCCAGGAGAAGAAAGAUGGGUUCAACUCGCAGGAAUCCUAGAGGUAGACAUGAGGAGGAAGAACAUGGAGAGAGUAAGAUGCGUAGAUAUCGUUACCUUUAUGAUGAGGGAGAAGAGGUCAUAUUGGGAAAAGAAGAAAAGUUGGGCAUCGAAGAGACUGAGUUUGAAAUAUCUAUGGAGCCUAAAGAUAGCGCCAGUGUAKACGAGAAAGAAGGAGAGCAGAUGGAAAAGGAGAAUUUCCAAACAGAGRAAGACACAGAAAACAUAGAAGAGACAGGAAGGAGGUUAGAGUGGGACAUGGGAACAGUGGAAGGAUCUGGUGUUGAAACAUCGGAAGAGUCUCUGAUGUUAUUGGAACGGGAGCAUGGAGCAGRUGAGGAGAAGAAAGGAAUGGAAGAAGAAAGUCUGAUUGAACCCACCCCUUUUGAUMAAUACAUCGAUUCAUUUGGUAUUGCARAUCAAUUAUAUAACCAAGAGAAAGGYAACAUAUUCACUGUAGACUCUGUCAAUACAGAAACUGAGAGCAACAAUGAAGCAAGCAUGGCCCACAUAGUUGACCCAAGAGCGCCAUUCAGUGUUGGACUGGACCAAUCAGGAGACACUUUACUCAGGGAGGAAGAGGUUAGUGAUUUCACACUGCUUGUGAWUAAUUCUGAAGUGAGCAAGAGCAGCCAAAUAGCAUAUGACUGUGCUCUUACACUAGAGUCAGAUGACACUUUCAGCACUGAUCCCAAAAUCUCUCCUAGUCAACUCAUCCAAACUCCCUGUAUGGAAAUCACUAACCCMUUUCUCAACCCAUUAUUACCGCAGAGUAUUCAGGGGAAUGAGGAGGAUGCAAACACUGACCCCAAUACCACAGGGGGACUGGACACAUCAGAGGUCAUUUUACUCAGUGAAGAGGAAAUGAGUGAUYAUGUGCCGCUUGUAAAURAAGUGAGUGUCAGUAGCCAAAUKACGUGUGAUGAUAGAACUCUCACAACAGAGCCCUGCCAAACAGAUGAGGCUUUGAGCACUGAUCCCAAUAUCUCUGCUAGUCAACUCAACCAAACUCCAUACUCGGAUGAAAGCCAUAACUCUUUUCCCAAUUCACUCUUACUGCAGAGUGUUCAGGACCAAGGUGAUAAUGCAGCAAACACCGACUCCAAUCAGAGUCCUUCUCCAAGCAGGAGGAGAAAGAUGGGGUCGACUCGUAGGCAUCCUAGAGGUGUACAAAGAGAAGAGGAAGGCACAGAGGAGAAACAAGAAGGGGAAAUAGAAAGCACAGAGGAGAUAGAAGACARGAGAGAAAACAUGGAUGCAGUGGAAGGUUCUUGCAUGGAGUUUGAAAUGUUGAUGGAAUCUAAGGAUGGAGCUGGUAAUGAGAAGAAUGAAGGAGAAGAGAGAAAUGAGGAGACURUCCUGACUGACCUCAGCUGGUCAUUCAGUACUUCAAAUCAAGAGGGAAGAAACAUAGAGGCUGACAAUAUAGAAAGUGAGAGCCAAUCAAUUAUAAAGGAAUCAAUGGACACAAAACUCUUGCUUCUAUGUGAAUCAGAUUUCGCUGAGAUUAGGGAAACUCUUCACAACCCUGAUGUUCCUACUCUUGAGUCCCAUCUGACUGAUGACACACUGAUUUCAACAGAUAAAGUUAGAGAGGUGGAGGAGAUAGAAGUAGAAGUGAAAAUAGUAAUGGAGAGCCAGAGCAUCCAAACUCCCUCUGACGCAGCAGCUCUUACAGUAGAGGCCCAAGAGUCAGGUGACAUGGUKUKUAUAGACCCUCAUAUCUCUGCUAUUCAACUUACCCAAACAGCAGACAUGGAACAAURUCUGUUAACACAAAGUAAUAGCCCCAGUCUUCCUUCGAAAUCAUCUCUGUCUCUGAGUUCCCAAUCUCGCGAGGUUGUUGGUGAAUCCAAAGCUACAGGGAAUAGAAGAAAGAUGGGCUUUACUCAUCGGACACAGGGAGGACUCCACGCAGAGGAAGAGAAGCAGGAGACAGGAGAAAAUAUAACAGAGGCAGAGGUCAGAGCGGAAACCAUUGGAAAUCCAGAAGUCAAUGCUGUUUUGGAAAGAUUUCAAGAGGAGCGCAGGGCUGAAGCUGUCAGUCUGGAGGACCAACAGGAGAUACAGAGCACAGAGAAGGAGACAAUACUCAUAGAGGUGGUUGCCUCAAGCACUGUUUUGAGUGGAAAAGGGUCUGAACCAGUGGCUCCAGCUCCACAGCCAGGCCCUGGGAAUAAAAGAGGUCAAGAAAAGGCAGAGCGUGUGGAGAAGCCCCUGGGUACCUUCGGAAGCUCUGGCUCUAGUUCAAACCCCUACAACGUGGUGAUGGUUGGAAACAGCAGUGUGGGCAAAACCUCCUUCAUGAGGCGUUUCCAAAGUGGAGAGUUCUGUCUGCACCACGAUGCAACCAUUGGUAUUGAUACCUGUAUACAGUCUGUGACAGUGGAUGCAAGCCCAGUGACUCUACAGUUAUGGGAUACUGCAGGUCAGGAAAGAUUCCACAGCAUCACCAGACAAGUGUUCCACAAAGCCCAGGGUCUAAUGCUGAUGUAUGACAUCACUUCCUCUCAGAGCUUCUGUGACAUCUGCUACUGGGUCAAUUGCAUUCAGGAGGGGGCUCCAGAUGAUGUCAUCGUUAUACUCCUUGGGAACAAGAAUGAUUGUGCUGAUCUAGAACGAGAGGUUCAGACUCAUGAAGGGGAGAACCUUGCAAAGGGGUACGACAUGCUCUUUAUGGAGUGUAGUGCUGCAACAGGUGACAAUGUGACUCUGUCUAUGGAAACUCUGGCAAGGAUGCUAAAGCAGCUGGGUGAGCAGACAAGACAAGAAGAGGGAAGCUUGGUGUUGCAGAAAGAACCCCCAAAGAAGAAAUCAGGCUGCUGCUGAUCAAGGUGGAGAAGAUUGGUACAUGUCAUAAUCUGCAGCACAUACACGCACGCACAUACGCACCCACGUACACACACACAUGCAUUUGUGCCCUAUAUGCCCUUAUGAUUGUAUUUUUACUUCUAAAUGUUCUAUAUGUAAUAUAUCAGAUUUAAAUUAAAAAAACAUUUGUCAAUGCAUGCCAAAGCAUAUACUGUAGUGGUAGUAAUGUGACGCUUGAGAUGAUUCUCCCUUUUCUACUUCUUUCAAACACUGUUUGUGGGGGGGAAAUAUAUUUAUUCAAUUAUGAAGAGAUAUAUAUUCAUACCAACACUAUUUAUUUACAGUAGAUAGUGUCAUAUUACAAUUUAUUGUUGUGUUUCUUUUUGCUUGUAAAACAUCCACCUAUGCAGUUUAUACAAGCCUAAUAAAUACAUAAUACAUUCAA